AUGGCUCCUUCUUCAUCACCUCUUCUUCUUACAAGUGAAUCAGGUGAAAAAUAUGCGAAUGUGAAAUGGGAAGAGCUUGGAUUCGCUUUGAUUCCGACAGAUUAUAUGUAUGUAGCGAAAUGCAGACAAGGAGAGAGCUUUUCACAAGGAAAAAUUGUUCCUUAUGGUGACAUUUCAAUUAGUCCUUGUUCUCCAAUUCUCAAUUAUGGCCAGGGACUAUUUGAAGGUCUUAAAGCAUACAGGACAGAAGACGACCGGAUUAGGGUAUUCCGGCCUGAACAGAACGCUCUUCGUAUGCAGACUGGUGCGGAGAGGCUUUGUAUGACAGCUCCUUCUAUGGAGCAAUUUGUCGAGGCAGUUAAGCAAACCGUACUUGCCAAUAAGAAAUGGGUCCCUCCUUCGGGUAAAGGAGCUUUGUAUAUUAGGCCUUUGCUCAUAGGUAGUGGUGCUAUUCUUGGAGUAGCUCCAGCACCUGAAUAUACGUUCCUCAUUUAUGUAUCUCCCGUUGGAGAUUACCAUAAGGUAAGCUCAGGCUUGAACCUUAAAGUUGAUCACAAGUAUCACCGAGCCCAUUACGGUGGAACGGGUGGUAUCAAGAGCUGCACAAACUAUUCUCCAGUUGUGAAAUCGUUGGUUGAAGCAAAGUCAUCGGGUUUCUCUGAUGUCUUGUUCCUGGAUGCGGCAACUGGUAGAAACAUCGAAGAGGUUUCUACAUGUAACAUCUUCAUUGUCAAGGGAAACAUUGUGUCCACUCCACCAACUUCUGGAACCAUUUUACCUGGAAUCACAAGGAAAAGCAUAAGCGAGCUAGCUCGUGAUAUCGGCUACCAGGUUCAAGAACGCGAUGUUUCGAUAGAUGAGCUUCUAGAAGCAGAAGAAGCUUUCUGCACAGGAACUGCAGUGGUCGUUAAAGCUGUUGAAACUGUGACCUUCCAUGACAAGAAGGUAAAAUACAGGACAGGAGAAGAAGCAUUGUCUACAAAGCUUCAUUCGAUGUUGACGAGUAUUCAAAUGGGUCUUGUUGAAGAUACAAAAGGUUGGAUGGGACUAUUUGAAGGUCUGAAAGCUUACCGGACAGAAGAUGGACAGAUCACGCUCUUCCGGCCGGACCAAAAUGCUCUUCCUAUGCAAACUGGUACUGAAAGGCUUUGUAUGACAUCUCCUUCUGUGGAGCAAUUCAUCAAAGCAGUUAAGCAAACUGUUCUUGCCAACAAGAAAUGGGUCCCUCCUCCGGGUAAAGGAACUUUGUAUAUAAGACCUUUGCUCAUAGGUAGUGGUGCUAUGCUUGGAUUAGCUUCAGCACCUGAAUAUACAUUCCUUAUUCUCCCGUUGGAGAAUACCACAAGCUCCGGCUUGAUGAACCUCAAAGUGAAACAUCAUAAUUACCACAGAUCCCAUUUCGGUGGAACGGGUGGUGUUGUGAAAUCGUUUCUCGAAGCAAAGUCAUCAAGUUUCUCUGAUGUAUUGUUUCUUGAUGCGGCAACUGGUAAAAACAUCGAAGAGCUUUAUACUUGUAACAUCUUCAUUGUCAAGGGGAACAUUGUGUCCACACCACAAAUUUUGGGAACCAUUUUACCAGGAAUCACAAGGAAAAAUAUAAGCGAGCUAGCUCGUGAUAUCGGCUACAAGGUUGAAGAACGUGAUAUUUCUGUGGAUGAGAUGUUAGAGGCAAAAGAAGUGUUCUACACAGGAACAGCAACAGUCGUUAAAGCUGUUGAAACCGUGACAAAAAGAGAAGAAGCAUUGUCCACAAAGCUCUACACGAUGUUAACCGAUAUUCAAAUGGGUAUUGUUGAAGAUAAGAAAGGUUGGAUGGUCGAGGUCGAUGGUCGUGAUGAUUUGAAAAGAAGUCUAAAAUCGAGGAAAAGGAAACCAAUGUUUUUGCCUUUGUGUAUGAUUUAA